AUGCAUUUCCUUGCCGACUUCAAGCUGUUAGCUCUACUAGCAGGUAUCGUGCACUACGGGCACGCAGGCUGUCUAUGCCCUCUGGGAUGGGAUGUUUAUAGACGACAUUGCUAUCUGUACGUGGAACAACAAGAGACUUUCAACACCGCCGAGAGCAACUGCAACGCCCAGGGGCAAGGCGGCAGAGAAUCCCAUCUCACCUCGGUACUGGACACCGACGAAGCUGCGUUCCUCGCUGGGUACAUUCAGCACGGUAGUGCCUGGAUCGGGUUAACGGACAUCGCCAUAGAAGGUGACUGGGUGUGGCAGGACGGUCAACCCACCGGGCCCCAAGACUGGUGGUAUCCUAACCAACCGGAUAACGCAGCUGGUAACGAGGAUUGUGUCCAAAUGAGGGCCGAUAUGGGUUGGAAUGAUUACCCUUGUCAUUAUAAGUUACCUUACAUCUGCAAGAUGCUUCAACGAUACCAGUACCGACCUAACUGA